AUGUCUUUACAAGUCCAAGAAACCACGCCUCAAGCUGCACCUAUCAAUGCAUCCGCAUCUACUCAGACCUACGACCUCGUCGUCGUAGGUUUCGGCACCAGUGCACUUUCCCUCGCAACCGCCCUCGCAGACUCAGAAACAGGCCUCAAAGUCCUAUUUCUCGAGGCCAAAGCCAAUUUCUCCUGGACACCAGCAUCAGUACUGCCAGAAAACACAACACGCACAUCCUUCUUGCGAGACUUGAUCACCACACACAACCCUCGCAGCGAAUUCACAUUUGUGAAUUAUCUGUUUGAGAGCAAGCAGUUGGUGCAGUUUGUCAAUUCUUCGCAUAUUGCGCCGUCGAGAUUGGUUAUGGGAAACUAUCUAUCUUGGGUUGCGGAAAGAAUGUUGGAGAGGGGCUGGGUAAGAUACUCGAGUACUGUUACUAGAGUUGUUCCUGUCAAGAAUGGCUCAACUCUGAUCAAUGGUUGGAAAAUCCAUGUUUGUGAUGCUCAAGAAAACACCAGCGUUGUUUCUUCCAAGCGUGUUGUUCUGGCUACUGGGUCGCAACCGAGUAUCCCUGAUGCAUUGUUGGGUGCUAAGGAUAAAGUGUUGCAUACUUCUGAAGUUGCACCUUUGUUGCACAAUCUCAAAGAUCAGGACAUAGCCAUUGUGGGAGAAGACCAAGAAGCAGCUGAACUUCUCGAGCAUUUGCAGAGUGCAGGAGCUUUGCAUCGUGUGAGGGCAACUAUGUUUAUCUCAGACUCUGCAUUGCGACCAGAGGACAACACUUCCUUCACACAAGAUAUUAUCGAUAACUGCCUUCCUGGCGCAACAACAAGCCACUACCCACCCGAAUUGCGUCCUCGCCUAAUCUCUGCCUCUACCAUCCCCAACCACCCAAGAAUCUCCAUCCAAACCAUCGAAACGAUCUACGAAAAUAUGUACGCCCAACGCGUCCUGACUCCCAACCCUAGCGACUGGCGCUUCAACAUCGUCCCCUUGACAGAAGUAACUUCCCUCAUCCCUUACAACAACAAACUCCGCCUCGGCCUCAGAAACACACGUACAAACGCCUCUAGCACCAGUGUCGGUGCUUUUGACGUUAUUAUCUCUGCAGGAGGAUACGUCCACUCGACAUCUCUGCUGCAAGACAUUGAAGCUGCGGGUGUUUUGCAAAACAAGAAGCCGACUGUGGAUGCAGAGUAUAGAGUCUGCUUCCGCAGAAAUGCGGUAGCGAAAGAUACAGGUGUUUGGGUGGUUGGUAGUUUGGAGCAGGGGAGUAGAGAUGAAGGGAUGGGAUAUGCGGUUGAGAGAGGAGCGAGGUUGUUGAAAUCCGUACUUGAUAGCGUGACGAGCACUGUAGAGGAUAGAGCGGAGGUCGCCAUGUUGUAG